AGGGACGGUCCGUUCCACGCUCUCUCUCUAAAUAUAUUUCUCUCUCUCUCUCGCGCACUAUAUAUACCAGCUACCGCAAAUAUGCCCAUUUUUUUCUCCUCCUCGUCUUCUCUCUCCCCUUCUUCGUUCUUCUCGCCGGCCAUUUCCCGGCGAUAUUCCCGCCGGCUUCCGAUUCCUCACACCGCCGGAAAACCUCACCCUUCCCCAUUUCAGCUCUCCAAGGUUAUCUUAGGCUUGAAUAGCUGUGAAGCAUGGAUGGUAUUAAGGAAUAUGGGCUUAGAAAUGUGAGUUCUCAUUGCUCGAUCUCUGAAAUGGAUGAUUUUGAUCUCUCGAAGCUUCUUGACAAGCCUAGGAUCAACAUAGAGAGGAAGAGAUCCUUUGAUGAGAGAUCUCUUAGUGAGUUGUCAAUUGGCUUAGCAAGAGGCCUAGAUAUCUAUGAGAGCUCUUAUUCGCCCGUUGGACGGUCCACACUAGAUACCCCUGCUUCAUCAGCUCGCAACUCUUUUGAACCUCACCCAAUGGUUGCUGAAGCCUGGGAAUCUCUUCGCCGAUCUUUGGUGUUCUUUCGUGGCCAACCAGUUGGCACAAUUGCUGCAUAUGACCAUUCUUCUGAGGAGGUUCUUAAUUACGAUCAGGUUUUUGUACGAGAUUUUGUUCCUAGUGCCCUUGCUUUUCUAAUGAAUGGUGAGCCUGAGAUAGUAAAGAACUUUCUAUUAAAGACACUACAGCUUCAAGGAUGGGAAAAGAGAAUAGACAGAUUUAAACUUGGGGAAGGGGCAAUGCCUGCUAGUUUCAAAGUUCUUCAUGACCCCAUUCGUAAGACAGAUACUAUAGUAGCAGAUUUUGGUGAGAGUGCAAUUGGAAGGGUCGCUCCUGUUGACUCUGGAUUCUGGUGGAUUAUUUUGCUGCGUGCGUAUACAAAGUCUACUGGUGAUUUAACUCUAGCUGAAACACCAGAGUGCCAAAAGGGAAUGAGGCUUAUAAUGUCCCUGUGUCUGUCAGAAGGAUUUGAUACAUUUCCAACACUGCUAUGUGCGGAUGGAUGCUCAAUGAUUGAUCGAAGAAUGGGUGUUUAUGGUUAUCCAAUUGAGAUUCAGGCACUUUUCUUUAUGGCACUGAGAUGUGCUUUGGCAAUGCUGAAACAUGAUACAGAGGGAAAAGAAAUGGUGGAGAGAAUAGUUAAGCGCUUGCAUGCCUUGAGUUAUCACAUGCGGAGUUAUUUCUGGCUUGAUUUCCAACAACUUAACGACAUUUACCGCUAUAAAACGGAGGAGUAUUCUCACACGGCGGUUAAUAAAUUUAAUGUUAUUCCAGAUUCGAUCCCAGAAUGGGUGUUUGAUUUUAUGCCAAUGCGUGGGGGCUACUUCAUUGGCAAUGUGAGCCCUGCACGGAUGGAUUUCCGAUGGUUUGCUUUAGGCAAUUGUAUCGCUAUUUUAGCUUCUUUGGCAACUCCUGAGCAAUCUGCUGCUAUAAUGGAUCUUAUAGAAGCACGAUGGGAGGAGCUGGUUGGAGAAAUGCCUUUGAAGAUAUGCCAUCCUUGCAUAGAAGGUCAUGAAUGGCGAAUAGUAACUGGUUGUGAUCCGAAGAAUACCAGAUGGAGUUACCAUAACGGAGGAUCUUGGCCAGUGCUUUUGUGGUUGCUAACGGCUGCUUGCAUUAAAACCGGACGACCCCAAAUCGCAAGACGAGCAAUUGAUCUUGCUGAGAGCCGCCUGCUCAAAGACAGCUGGCCAGAGUAUUAUGAUGGGAAACUAGGGAGAUAUAUCGGGAAACAAGCGAGAAAAUAUCAGACGUGGUCAAUAGCAGGAUAUUUGGUAGCGAAAAUGAUGUUGGAGGAUCCCUCACACUUGGGGAUGAUAUCCCUUGAAGAGGACAAGCAAAUGAAGCCUGUCCUUAAGAGAUCCUCCUCCUGGACCUGCUAGAGAACAUAGCAGCACAAAAGAGUAGAGAGAGAGAGAGAGAAGGUGAGAGAUCUAGUUAUGUUAUUAUAACAGAAAAGAAACACUAUUCUUUUGGCAAAUUUCUGUUGUAGGUUUUAUUUUUGAAAUUUGGGUUUUGUGUACAUCAGACUUUGCCAGCCUAUCUUUGUUUCUGAAAUAAGAGACAUUUUCUAUUUAUGUUUUUGCAUACGUGGAAAUGGUAUGCAAGAAAACACUUGAAUGAUGUUUCAAAGCUAAAGUUAAUCACUGUCUACUUA